AUGAGUAACGACAGUAACGGAGUUGGGGCGCUUCAGCCCCUCUGGAACUUAAAUGGGUCCUCAGUCAACCAGUCAGCUGACUUGUUCUCCAAUGCCUCAUGUAACAUGUCCACCAAUGACUCAAUGUCAUGCUCUUCAAUGGACGAUGGAGUCGGGACAGGAAGUCCAUAUAAGACCCUGGAGAUGUUUUUUAUUGCUUUGGUUACUGGAUCUCUGAGCUUUGUGACUGUCACAGGAAAUAUUUUAGUCAUGCUGUCCAUCAAAGUAAACCGCCACCUACAAACUGUCAAUAAUUACUUCUUAUUUUCAUUAGCAUGUGCUGACUUGAUCAUCGGCGUUUUCAGCAUGAAUUUGUACACUGUUUACAUCAUUGUUGGCUACUGGCCACUCGGGCCGGUGAUCUGUGACUUGUGGCUAGCUUUAGAUUAUGUUGUCUCAAAUGCCUCAGUGAUGAACUUAUUGAUCAUCAGUUUUGAUCGUUAUUUCUGCGUGACCAAACCCCUCACAUAUCCAACAAGAAGGACAACUAAGAUGGCUGGGUUAAUGAUUGCCGCUGCAUGGAUCCUGUCGUUCAUCCUUUGGGCUCCUGCCAUCUUGUUCUGGCAGUUCAUCGUUGGACAGCGAACAGUGCCACCUGGAGAGUGUUAUAUACAGUUCCUAUCCAACCCUGCGGCUACAUUUGGGACAGCAAUAGCAGCAUUCUAUCUUCCAGUCAUUAUUAUGACAGUCCUGUACAUCCAUAUUUCCCUGGCGUCCAGGAGCAGGGUCUCCAAACACAAACCAGAGAAGAAAGAGAAGAAAGGAAUAAAAACUCCCAGUUUGAUAAAGAGUCACCUGCUAAAGCAGAACAAUAAUAAUGAGACCAGCCCUCAGGUCAGUCCCCGCUCCACUCCCAAACUCAGUCUGGACUCAACUACCACUGCACUGGAAGCUGUGAAGAAUGGCAGAGUGGAGGAACCAAAUCCAGUAAAGCCACGGGGUCCAGCACAGCCCAGUCCAGGACUCACACAGGAAGAAAAAGAGAGCUCCAAUGACUCCUCAACAGCUUUUAUCCCCCCUACAGAACCAAAGAAGACCAACAAUGAGGUGAUAUCUGAGGCUGCAAAAAAUCCAGACCCAGUAGAGGAGACAGCAGCCAAUCCUUCAAUGUCCAAGAUCAACCCUUCCUCGAAGUGGUCCAAGAUAAAGAUUGUAACAAAGCAGGCCGGUGAUGAAUGCAUCACAGCUAUAGAGAUUGUCCCACCUGUAGAGGGAGCAGAGAGCCGCUCAAUCCCAAUCAGCCGCCCCAGGACUGUGGCAAGAAAGUUUGCAAGCAUUGCUAGAAGCCAAGUGAAGCGGAAAAGACAGAUGGCUGCCAGAGAAAAGAAAGUGACCAAGACUAUCUUUGCCAUCUUGCUGGCUUUCAUCAUUACAUGGACGCCAUAUAACGUCAUGGUAUUGAUCUCAACGUUCUGCCAUUCUUGUGUCCCUGACACUGUGUGGGCGAUUGGCUACUGGCUGUGUUAUGUCAACUCUACUAUCAACCCAGCUUGUUAUGCCCUGUGCAACGCUACAUUCAAAAAGACUUUCAAAAACCUGCUGCUGUGCCAGUAUAAAAACAUAGGUACAAGAUAA